CUGUUUGAAAAUUUGCAUACAGUUUUUGCUCCUAAAGAUAACUGCGUACCAUAUGUUGCCACGGAACAGCUUUUGUGACUGUGCCUUGUAUUAGAAGUAUUCAUGCCAUUUUGCACAAUGCUGUACGUAAGAUUGGUUAAAUGAAUGACGGCCAUCACUAAAACCAGGCGAAAUUCGAUGGUAACAUGCCAUGUUAUCAUGUCGUAUUUAUGGUCCGUAAUAUGCCUAGUUUUCGCAUCGACAGUUGCAUUAUUGUUUCUGUUCACAAGCCUCAUACGAGGGAAGAGAAAGAGGGGUAGGACAUCAGGAUCAGCUCUUCAUCAAGUCCUUCAACAGGAUAAGGUUUUCCCCAUCAGUUCUGACACUGGAUGGACGCUGGAAGGUAUCCAACAUGGAAUACGUUUAUGGAAACAUAAUUUUGUAAUAUUAUCAGUUGAUCAUUUCAUAUAUGGAUGCAAUACUGUUGUCCAGGCAACAACACAGGAGAUUCUUAAUACAUUGAAAGAUGUGAAACAAAUGAAGGAAUGGAACCCAUACAUUGAACACAGUGAGAAUGUGUUAAGUCCUUGUAGUAGUAAUGGUGGACUGGAAUUAUCUGAUAUUCAGGGUCAGACAUCACAACAUCAACUUCAGCAAAUGCAACAUAUUAUGAUGUUUGAUACUAUAUGUGUGGUUCCUAAAUACAAUGCUAAAUACCAGUGGAGAAAGAUGAUAGUUAAACUGUCAAAUUGUAUCCCAGGAGUUAAAGUGAUUGAACAUGAAAACCUGUCAAUCAAUGUAAUGAGAUGCUGGCAACUAGAACAUGAUGAAUCUAUUUGGAUGUUCUCUGAAUGCCCGAGUACAGUUCUCAGCAAUAUAUCAUGGACUUAUGUACAAGCCAGACCCUUGCAGGAUAGUCCCGGGAGUCUUCUCACUAUUAUUGUUUGCCCAGAGAUAAUUGAUAAUCACACCGCACAAAUGGCAGUUACACAGUUAGCUACUUUGAGAGAUUAUUUUAUGAUGCAGAAAGUGAAAGUCCAACCUCCUCAGCAAGAAAAUAUCGGGAACAAACUAAAAGCAUUUGCUGGAUCACUGAGAAAGAAAGCACAAACUUUCAGUUUUAAAAAGGAUCAGAUUGAUGUGUCUGAUUUGCAGGCUGCACAUGUUGAGUCAAAGGCCACAAAUGUUGAAUCAAAACAGGAACAGACGCAGGAUACUGGUAAGAAGCCGGAUGAACCAAAGAAGUUUGGCAGAAAGAUCAGUUUUGAUUUCUACAAAUCCAUGACAAAAGAAAGAGCUGCCAAUAAAGCAGCAGAGAUCUUGUUGGAAACUGACAGUGGGGAGAGUUCCCUUGUCCAGACAAUAGAAGAGGAAAACAGUCAAGAUUCAGAACACGAAAUCAACAAAAGUCAGGAGAAAGAAACUAAAAUUGUAGAGAAAGAAGAACCCAAAAAAGAAAGUACUGGGAAUAAAUUCCGAGAGUUUGCAGAGAGGUUUAAAAAUCGGAGGUCAUCAAUGGAAAAGGCCGAGUCUACAAAUAUUCGUACUGUUAGAAGUAACAGUGACUGUACAGCAAGUGAUACACAGAGCAUUAAGGCUGCACAGCUAAGAAAAACGCAAAGUUUAGAUGAGCCACUUUCAAGAGAUACUAGUUCUACAUUAUCUCCAGCCGUAGAGGUGAAAUAUUACAGAACAUUAGCUAACCAAUCAGCUGCUGAGGUGUUAGCGGAAGCAUUGAAAGCAGCGGCUAUCGAUGUCUCUAGUAGUGAAGCAGACCAACGAAGACAAACCGGAGGAUGGCAAUUCCAAGGACUUGAAAAAGAGGUGGUUAUUUUAAGAAAACAUGCUGAUUCCACACCAUAUCAUUGUUUCCUUGGUAAAGGUUUAAUCAAAGCUUCACCUAAAGCUGUCUAUGAGGCUGUUAAGAACCCAUUAACGAGAUUUACAUAUGACAACAUGCUUAAGAAACUGGAUGUUGUAUCUAACCUUGGUACUGGAUUACAGAUUUUACACAUGGUUCAUGAAACUACUCAAUUAUUUCGUAAAGAUUCCAGAGAUUUUUUUGUACUGCAGACGAGUAGAAUUGAUGGUGAUCUGUACAUUGUUGCUUUGACCUCUGUUGAUUGUGAGGACUAUCAAACUCAGGAGGGUUGCUUUCGUUCUUCUAUUCAACCCAGUGGGUGGGUGAUAGAACCAGCAUUUAGGAAUCGAAAAGUACAGUCUAUGGUCACAUAUAUGGUACAGAUUGACAUUGGAGGUAAAGAUGUACCAACAAGUUUCUUUAAUUUCCUCUCCAAAAGAAUCCCGCUGAGUAUAGCAUAUCUGCGUCAGUAUUUACAGUCUGGUCUGCCUUGAGUCACUGUGCAAUAAUACAUUAUUUUAUUCAUUUUCUGGUUUACAAUAAAAUAUUUGGUCUUCCAUUCUAUUUAUUCUGUUUUUGUAUUCAUGUAUAUUUGAGCACUUUUAUUGAACAAAUAUAAAAACAUUCUAAAUUGAUUUGAUGUAUAAAUUAAAUUGUUGACAGCUGUCUACUGACACUAUUAUUUUUAUGAAAAUUACUGCAAUGUAUUGUCACUAAACACUAAUAAAUAUUCCAUUUACACAUGAUACUACCUUCUCCUUGAAUGCAAUUAUGAAAUCAAACAUUGUCAUUUUUGGGGUAAAUAUUUAAUUUUCAGGUUUAUAACUAUGUUUAUGAAUGACUUCAUAAAUUUAUGAAGAUUAAUUUGACGACAGUCAGGAAAACAGGAUUUAUGUUCUUGACACCAGCUAAUCAGUUAUUUCGUUAUAACACUAUGAAUUCCAAUAAUACGCUGCAAUAUAGUUUUAUGCAUGUUUAUUUUACCAAAUAUAUACAUAUACACUUGAUAAAAUACUGCAGUAUGCUUUGAUACAAGUCUUCCAAGAAUGUGCAUAUUUAAACUUUUCUUCAUUCAUUUGUAUGUACUGUAGACUUAUUAGCAAUUAUGCUGUUGAAAACAUUUUUCAAAGUUAUAAUUGGUAUUAUGUGAUUCAAUAUCACU